AUGCCACCCGCUGUCGUGGUCACUUGUCCUUUUCAAGAGGACCCUGUGGAUUUAUAUCAUGGCGCAAGUAUCCAUUCAGACGCUGCCGAGGAUACAAUACAAGAUCAAAUUCAAGCUCUCAGCAAGAAACUGAAUGCCCUCAAAGGGAAGGACCUUUUUGGCAAGAACUCAGGCGAGAUGUGCGUCAUUCCAAAUGUGAGGGUCCUUGCUAAAUUCAAAGUACCAGAAUUUGAGAAGUACAAAGACUCUUUGUCCGGUGCUCCAUUGAGAUGGUAUAUGGGUUUGGAGCACUCAAAUAUUCAGAACUUUCUUGACCUUGGUGAGGCCUUUGUGCAACAUUAUAAGUAUAAUAUGGACAUGACACCAGAUCGCACUCAAUUGGGCAGUAUGUCCCAAAAAGAGUGCGAAUCAUUUAAGGAAUAUGCACAAAGGUGGUGGGAAGUUGCUGCCCAGGUCACUCCACCUGUUGAAGAGAAAGAACUGUGCAAAUUAUUCUUGAGGACUUUGGACUCCUUUUACUAUAACAAGUUUAUUUCGAGCAUGCCUCGUGACUUCACCGAAAUGGUGGGGGUUGGUGUACAACUCGAAGAAGGGGUGAAAGAAGUAAGAAUAACCCGUGAUAAUUCUACAUCUGCUAGCAACACCAAAAAGUUUAGUGGAUGGCAGAAGAAGAAAGAAGGAGAUGCCAACGCCGUGUCCCACCACCGACCAAGUCAUAAAAGCCUUAUCCAUAACAACCACCGCCUCAGUAUCAACGGCAACAACAACAGUAAAGACAACAAUCAUCUAUCAUCUACGCCUACUACUCAGCAAAAUCCGCAUCCUCCGAAGACUCAGUUCCAGUUCGAUCCAAUCCUGAUAGCAUAUACUGAUCUACUACCUUUUCUACUUCUUGUGGAAAAACAUGCAGCACCACCAGUGCCUGACAAGUUACCUAAAUGGUAUAAACGUAAUGAACGUUGUGUUUUCCACUCCGAUGCGCCAGGGCAUGACACCAACAAUUGCUUCGUAUUCAAAGGAAGAGUCCAAGAGCUUGUGAGAUUGGGGUUGAUCAAGUUUGGUGACACGCCAAAUGUGGAAACCAACCCAUUUCCUGAGCAUGGGGCAGUAAAUGUGAUUACCGAAGAUGAGAAUUUGAUUAUGGAUGUCCUGAAAGUGAAGACUCUGUUGGUGCCUGUGCACCUUAAGCUGUUCAAAGCUGGUAUUCUAGAGCAAUAUCAUGAGAAGUGA